GGGUGUAGUCCUGUAGUCCUGAGUUGGGAGUUGGCUGGAUGAGGAAGCGGCUGAGACCUGAACCAGAUCCAGAACCGACAGAGACCGGGGCCAGAACACGCUGAACCAGAGAUCCAAGACCGCGCGACAGUUGAGACACCGAGCUGCAGCGUUUCCCGCGUUUCUAAAACUUAAUUCAGUUUAAAGUGAGCCGCUCCGUUAGCCUGCUAACAGCCAGUUAGCCUGUCUGCUAACGGGGAAGUGACGGAGUCAGGAAGUCGGGCUCGAGCCGCAGGUGUGUUUUCUUCAGAGGAACAGAGAGGAAAAAGAAGAAGAAGAUGAGUGGAGGACUGAACAGCAUCGAUGCAGUGAAGAAGAAGAUCAAGGUGCUGCAGGAGCAGGCGGAGGAGGCCGAAGACCGAGCGGAGAGGCUGCAGAAGGAGGUGGAGAAGGAGAAGAGGAGCAGAGAGGAGGCGGAGGCGGAGGUGACUGCUCUGGGUCGGCGUCUGCAGCUCAGUGAGGAGAACCUGGACCGGGCCCAGGAGAGGCUGGCCGCCGCCCUCCAUAAGCUGGACGAGGUGGAGAAGGUGGCUGACGAGAGCGAGAGAGGCAUGAAGGUGAUCGAGAACAGAGCUCUAAAGGACGAGGAGAAGAUGGAGCAGCUGGAGGUUCAGCUGAGAGAAGCCAAGCAGAUCGCUGAGGAGGCCGACCGCAAAUAUGAAGAGGUGGCUCGUAAGCUGGUGAUGGUGGAAGGAGAACUGGAACGAGCUGAAGACCGAGCCGAGCAGGGGGAGAG